CACCGCCAGCAUUCAAAAGUGACCAAAACAUCAGCCAGGAAGCAUAGGAACUGAGAAGUGGUCUGUGGUCACCACCUGCAGAAUCACUCCUGUUUUGGGGGGUGUCUUGCUAAUUACCUAUAAUUUCCACCUUUUGUCUAUUCCAUUUGCACAACAGCAUGUGAAAUUUAUUGUCAAUCAGUGUUGCUUCCUAAGUGGACAGUUUGAUUUCACAGAAGUGUGAUUGACUUGGAGUUACAUUGUGUUGUUUAAGUGUUCCCUUUAUUUUUUUGAGCAGUGUAGUUUGAUUACAUUUUAGGGUAUCUGAGGAGUAAAUAAAAAUGUAUUUCGACUUUUUGAAACAAAGUUUAGGGGUAGAUUUUCUGAUUAUUUUCUCUGCAUGUUGAACGAGUGGAUUAGUCAAAUCGAUGUUGCCAACUAAACUGACUUUGGGAUAUAAAGAAGGAUUUUAUCUAACAAAACGACACUACAUGUUAUAGCUGGGACCCUUUGGAUGACAAAUCAGAGGAAGAUUUUCAGCAAGUUGUCGUCAUCAUGGCAGACCCUUGGAAAGAGUGCAUGGACCACUGCCUUGAGGUGACCAAAGAGGCUGGGAAGAUGAUCCAAGAAGCGUUGCAGAAGGACAUCUCCAUCAUGCAGAAGAGCUCCCCUGUGGACCUGGUCACUGAGACCGACCAGAAGGUGGAGCAACUCAUCAUCUCCUCCAUCAAGGAGAAGUUCCCCACACACAGUUUUAUAGGUGAAGAGUCUGUAGCGGCGGGAGCAUCCAGCAACCUAACUGAUAAUCCCACCUGGAUCAUUGACCCCAUUGAUGGGACCACCAACUUUGUCCACAGAUUCCCCUUUGUCUCUAUGUCGAUUGGUUUUGCUGUGAAGAAAGAGAUAGAGUUUGGCAUUGUCUACAGCUGCCAAGAGGACAAGAUGUACACAGCACGGAAGGGGAAAGGGUCAUUCUGUAAUGGAGAACCCAUCAAAGUGUCUGGGCAGGAAGACAUCACCAAGUCCUUGGUCCUGACAGAGAUGGGCUUUAAGAAGGAUCCAGAGCACUUCAAAACCAUGAUGGGCAACAUCGAGACAAUCCUCACCAUCCCUGUACACGGCAUCCGCUCGCCGGGCAGUGCGGCAGUCAACAUGUGCCUGGUGGCGUGCGGAGCGGCUGAUGCCUACUACCACAUGGGCAUCCACUGCUGGGACAUGGCUGGAGGAGCUGCCAUCAUUAGAGAGGCUGGGGGUGUCAUCAUGGACAUCUCAGGAGGCCCAUUUGACCUGAUGUCCAGGAGGCUGAUCAUUGCCAGCAGCAGAACCAUCGCAGAGCGCAUCUCCCAGGUGAUAAAAGCAUUCCCUGUAGGAAGGGACGACAUCGAGGGAUAGAGUACCAUCACAUGCACGCACAGAGGGAAUGACAGAUGGCUGCAGGUGCAUGCACACCCAGCAGGAAGCACCCAGCAGAACACACAUACACACAUUUAGAUGAGUCAGGAUCCUCUCUGCGCCUUAAUUGUUAAACUGGUGGUAUUAACUUUUCUCUGAAUGCACCUCAGUGGAUUUGCGAAAACCUAUCAAUGAAGACCAACUUUAUUCAUUUAAUUGACUGUUUGCCCCUCAAGGGCUUUGACUUGUAUCUCAUUUUUGGGGGGUAUUUAAGUGAGAACAAGAUUAGGAAAUGUGGUCAUUGUAGACCAAGACAUUUUCUGUCUCAAUCAUACACCACAUGGCCAAAGGUAUGUGGACAACCUUCAAAUUUGUGGAUUUGUUUAUUUUAGCCACACUCAUUGCUGACAAGUGUUUAAAAUCAAGCACACAGCCAUGCAAUCUCCAUAGACAAACAUUGGCAGUAAAAUGGCCUUACUGAAGAGCUCAGUGACUUUCAACGUGGCACUGUAAUAGGAUACCAUCUUUCCAAUAAGUUAGUUUGUCAGAUUUCUGCUAUGCUAGAGCUGCCCCGGUCAACUGUAAUUGCUGUUAUUGUGAACCAUUGCGUCUAGGAGCAACAACGGCUCAGCCGCGAAAUGGUAGGCCACACAAGCUCACAGAACAGGACCGCCGAGUUCGUCAGGGGAGCUUCAUGAAAUGGGUUUCCAUGGCAGAGCAGCCGCAACACCAGCCUAAGAUCACCAUGCGUAAUGCCAAGCGUCGGCUGGAGUGGUGUAAAGCUCGCCGCCAUUGGACUCUGGAGUAGUGGAAACGUGUUCUCUGGAGUGAUGAAUCACGCUUCACCAUCUGUCAAUCCGAUGGACGAAUCUGGGUUUGGCGGAUUCCAGGAGAACGCUACCUGCCCCAAUGCCUUAUGCCAACUAUAAAGUUGUAGACUUUAAAGUCUGUAGCAACAGACUAUAAAGUCUGUGGCUGUUUUUCAUGGUUCAGGCUAGGCCCCUUAGUUCCAGUGAAUGGAAAUCUUAACGCUACAGCAUACAAUGACAUUAUAGACGAUUCUGUGCUUCCUGUUUCAGCAUGGUAAUGCCCCCGUGCACAAAGGGGGGUCCAUACAGAAAUGGUUUGUCGAGAUGAGUGUGGACAAACUUGACUGGCCUGCACAGAGCCCUGACAUCAACCCCAUCGGAAACCUUUGGGAUGAAUUGGAAUGCAGACUGCGAGUCCGGCCUAAUCGCCCAACAUCAGUGCAUGACCUAACUCCUAAUGCUCUUGUGGCUCAAUGGAAGCCAGUCCCUGCUGCAAUGUUCCAACAUCUAGUGGAAAGCCUUCCCAGCUGAGUGGAGGCUGUUAUAGUAUCAAAGGGGGAACAACUCCAUAUUAAUGGCCAUGAUUUUGGAAUUAAAUGUUCAACGAGCAGGUUCUCCACAUACUUUUUGUCAUGUAGUGUAAGUUGCAUCUUUUAAGUAACUGUAUUAUAACUUGAACAAAUAACACGAACCUCAGCAGUAUAUGGCUUCCUUGACUGAUUUAGAAUCUUGAGUUACAAAGACAUCCAUUGACUUUCCACAAUAUAUAUAUAGGGAAAUCUGUAUUUAUUUAGAUCUGAAUUGUAAGUAAUUAUUUUCCUACUCUACUACAGUGCUAAAUACUUGAUAUGUUAUGUACUGUGAGGUAUAUUUAUUUAUUGCAGGUAUUGGUAUAAAAUGUUAAUGCUUUCACAAUAACUUGUUACCCACAUUUUAUUAUUUUACAAACCUCUCAUAUUUGGAGUGACCAUACAUUGAAUCCUCACUCCCAGAGAACAUACCAUACAUACAUACCUGACGUUAGCUUAUAAGCCAUAAAGAGUAUUGCAGAUAUCUUACUAUGAGUGUAGCUUUGUAUGAUUUAGUGACUAAAUCAAGACAUGUUUUGAGAAGUGAUGUUCUGUAAUGUUUUCUUAGGAUGUAUGAAGAGGGAAGUAAAAAAAUAAAUAAAAAAAAUGUCAUUUCUAUACUAAUAAUGAUAUUGCCACACAUUUCUUUAUGAAUAACUGAUGGGUAUAGUGUUUUGUAUUUUUGUUCCUUUAUGUAGUCGCUGUUGUCUGUGCUAACAGCGAGGUGGAAGAAAGAUCUUCACAUCACAUAAAUCGGUAAUUUAAAAAAGCCCAUGCCCAAACAGGAAAGUCACAAGAGAUGAGAAUAUGUAGCAAUGGUUAGUUAUCACGGGAAGGCUAAGAAUCACGUUGUCUGUCUGAACUGUCGCCUGAUAAAACCAAUUUGUGUUACAGCCAACCUGAGGAUAGAAGGUCUUGAUAAUAAGCUCUUUGAAUUAGGUUUACAUUUAAUUAUUUUGGAAUGUUUUAUCAAGGGUCAAUACAUUAUUUUAUAAAGAACAUACAUUCACACCAA